AAAGAAGGCGGAAGGCGUGAAGCGAGCAACUAAUGGUAGUGACUGCCUGUAAACGAUAAGAAGACAUGUGAAAGUCAGCAUUAAAAAAAAAUAUUCAUAAUUUAGAGUUAUGCGCGGUUCAUCGUUUAGGUUAACUUUCUAGACAGUUGAUUUAUACUAGAAGGAAUCAUGAUGUAUUCAGUAUUCAGAAUCGGACGAACGUCGAAGUGUCUGCAGCAUAUAUUAAACCGUGUGCAUGUCAGAUUACCACAACACAUCUCCGCUUCACGACCUGUUUAUGAAACACCCCGAUGUCCUGCAUCCACGUGGACAUUUUAUCCCUCUCGCUCGCUUUACACAGGAGUUCAUGUCUGUAGUAGGAGCGAUGGGCAGAAGGACACGGACCAGGUGUCAGUUUCCAGAAGUUCCCACACACCUCCAAUCCCGUCUGCGGCGCAGAAAGUUAAACAAGCUGGCAAAGACUUCACCUAUUUGAUUGUGGUGCUCAUUGGAAUCAGUGUAACAGGUGGACUGCUGUAUGUGGUUUUUCAAGAGCUGUUUUCCUCUUCAAGCCCGAGCAAAAUUUAUGGGCAAGCUUUUGAGAGAUGCAGAUCUCACCCAGAGGUCAUUGGAGCUUUUGGAGAGCCCAUCAAAGGUUUUGGGGAGACCAGUCGGCGUGGAAGAAGACAACAAGUCAGUCAUGUUGAGUACAUGAAGGAUGGACUCAAGUACAUGCGGCUGAAAUUUUACAUUGAGGGAUCUGAACCAGGAUUACGGGGAACUGUUCAUUCUGAGUCAAAGGAGAAUCCUGAGACUGGAAAAUAUGAAUUCAGGUAUAUCUUUGUAGACAUAGACUCGUAUCCCAGGAGGACAAUCGUCAUUGAAGACAACAGAUAAAAUGGGUUUCAACAGUGUUAUGCAGUAUUGGGAAUUUCAGUAGCAGACGAGCUCUGACAAUUGAAUUUAAGCUUUGAUAACUGAAUCGGAAUUGGAUUUGUCACGUUUGGAUUUUGUUGGAUUGAUCAUCCACAGAGUAGUCUACAUAAACUUGUGAUGAUCUAGAUAUUUCGAGUGUGCUUGUAUUAAAACAUCUUGUAUUUUGUGAAAGGAUUUGCAUGGUUUUUAUUAUAAAAUUUGUAAUUUGAAAUAAAGAUCAAUUAUAGAAUUCAUAUAGAAUUGUUCUUCCUUUGAAACAUUUAUUGCAUUGUAAAUUUGACUAUACUAAUUUUAUAUUUCCUUAUGUUUCUUUUAAAUUAAGUGAACAUUUAUUAAAAAAUAUACAUUGUCAUUGUUAUACAGAAGAAUAACAAAUGGUAAAAAGAAAAUUAGCAAGUGGACAAAUAAUGGCAAAAAUAUGUAACUGACAGAUAACUAAAUUAACUUUAAUUUUCCAUAUACAGGUAGUAUGUAAGUUCAAACCUGUUUUUAUUGUCCAGAUUUAUUUGAAAUGAGAUUGUUCAAUAACAUAUACAUAUAUCAACUUAUAGUUAUUAAUUUAACCUUGCAAUCAUGAACUCUUCAUUUCCCCGUUUAUUUCUAUUUUUGAACAGUUCUUACGAACUUUAAAUACGAAACGCAGCAGGCGAAUGAUAAAUAAGAAUAUAUAAAACAUUACAAAUAAAAUAUAUAGCUAACGUUACUCCGUGGACGCUUGCGAGGUCUUAGCAGCAUAUCUACGAUUUUAUUUUAAACUUACAUAAAUAAUAGUUAUAAUAAUACAUCUACAUCUAAAUGAUUAAAUUACGACAACAAAAACGUAAAAUAAACGGCGAAGGACUUUUAAUUUGACGUUCUUCUCCCAUGACUCCACGGAAGUGCAAGACGCCUGGCGAGACAGAAGAACUACAAGAAAAUCCCUCCGUUUGCUCAUGGAAAAAACACACAGCCCUCAAGGUUUCUCGGAAGCCCUUUGAGGCUCUCAAGUAUUAGCGUUUACUAACAGAGCGAGGAGCCACACUCGUCCUAAAAGCAGCCAGUGAAGGCCGAGCAGCUCGAAAAAUUAUACCCAGGAGUCGGUGUUUCCGUUUUAUGAAGGUAACGUUAAACAUAUUUUGUAGCCCGUUAGCAAAGCGACUUCCUCCGCGCAACUUAAAUGAGGAGCAGAUGCUUCGAUAGCUGCCUAAAACGGAUUAUAACGCCUCUUAAAACGGUUUAAAGAUCUUACCAAGCUCUCUGGUAUUGGUUCAUAUUUCUGUUUGAGAGCUUGGAAGCUGAUUAUGGUAAUUGAAACCAAGUGGUGAGAAACAUGGAGCUGUACUGGUACAUAGUCGUCAUAAUAUUUAUUAUGAUUAAGAUCUUCUUCUACAUCUGCUGGUAUCGUUCAAGACAAAGACAGCUGGCCGCGUACCUCAGCAAUCCCCGAAACGCUCAGAUCGUCAUUGUUGGAGGGCGUGCGUACCUGCACCAGGUCUGCGAGAGACAAAAUACAUCAAUCUGGCCCAGUUGGUACGAAGCUCAAGAGGACGGCUCGGUGGGCGAACCCUCCGCCUCUCUUCCACCAUCAUCUUCGCUUUCUCAUCUGGACAUGCCGCCGCCAUAUGAGGCAGUGUCUGGAGCACAUGACCUGAAGCCUCCACCGUACAGUGAGUACGCUCAAAACGAUGACACCGACGCAUCCCUGAGCAUCACCAUCCCAGAUGGCAACGAUUCUAGUGGAAUUAGCGAUGCCCCGCCCCCUUACACGCCCAGCAUCACCUCUCCAGCAAAUCAGCAAGUAGAUAGCCACAGUCAAUCACAGCCAGAGGGAAGGUCAAGUUAGACUUCUUUCAUUAUAGAAACACAACAAGGGCUAAGCAACAGCUUCAGCUCCUCUAGGUCUUGUUUUUCCAUCUGGACUUCUUUUCUUCUCAAGCAAAUUAUACAAAGAAAAAAAAAAAGAUUUCACUUUGGCAGUGGAUCUUGCUCAUUCUCUUGACAUGAGAGAAUUUGGAUAGUGCACAAUAUGCGAUAUAAAGAAUGAGACUGGCCUGAUGCCAUCUCCUGGCAGAGUCGAGCACUGCUCUGCCCACGCUGCUGUACCGGUGCUUUCAGUUCACCCAUGCCUUAUGCUCAUUUCCUCCAGCAACACCACAGCAGAUAGCCGUACAUCAGACACAGCCAUUUCAAUAUUUUAAAGUCACUUUCCCCGUAAUUUCUUUGCAGUAGUGUUGAUCAGGUGUGGCUGCUUGAGGAACUGUAAAUAGGCUAGUGGGUUUAUUGAUGACAAGCAGCAAGCACGUUUUGCUUAGACAAUGUUGUCGACACAUUUCUUUUCUUAUUUUUCUUUCUAAAGUCCCACAGGGAGAAUAGUUCACAUUAGGGGUAGCACGGUUCAACUUUUUCACGGUUCGGUUUGUUUCACGGUUUUAGAGUCACGGUUUCGGUACAGUUCGGUAUGUGCUAUGUUUAUGGAAAAUCUAUACUUUAUAAUAAAAUAAAGAAGAAUAUUUUAUCCAACUACAAGCAACAGCACAAAUAAAUACAAUAGAGUAAAGAAACAAAAAAUAAACAGUGAUUUUCAGUAUUUUUUUUUUUUUUUGGGUAGGUUUUAGCAUAAGUUUUUAGGUACAGAAAUGUAAUAAAGGAAUCAAAUGUAAAACAGCAUUGCAUAUUGGAUUGUAUAAAUCGCGUCCUUUGGCUCUUAAAUGUUUGAACUGGCAAAGCUUAAAUGACUUUAGUUUAAACACAUGUUAACGUGUGCUGUUCAGGUCUCAUCUGUGAGCGCACGCUAUCAGCACCCGGAUGAUGACGGAAUAAAUGACUGCUCAUAUUCCAGAAUAUGGGAUUUGCGUCGAACAAAGGUGAAUGAUAUGUCCAGGGUGUUUUUAAUUUAAAUUUUCAAUUUUUUUUUUUAUCACUGUUGUUGCAAGGUCUGGGAAGCCAGAAUGCGCAUCAAUCAACAAACACAUAAUAGCUGAACACUGUUUGUUUUAGGCCUACAUGUUAUUUAUAGCAAACCAUAUUACAGAUGCUUUGUUAGAUUGAAGUUGAACCACGGUCCCAGCGCGUGCUGAACCAUGUGUGGUAAACCGAACGGUUCAUUUUUUUGGGGGUUUUUGGUUUUUCGGCAAACCGUGCCACCAAUAGUUCACAUUAAGUAAUUCAGCCAAAAAUGAAAAUUUGCUCACCAUCAUGUCAUUUCAAACCUGUGACUUUUUCUUCCAUGGAAGUAAGUGGUAAUGUUUGGUUCCCAACAUUCUUCAAAAUAUAUUUUAUUUUACAGAGCAGAAAGUAAGUCACCGUGUGUGUGUUUCAGAAUGAAAUGAGGUUGAGUAAAUGACAGGAUUUCGAUUUUAGGCUAAACUUUCUCUUUAAAGUAUAGAGGUCUAGCCUCAGGUUUAUUUAUAACCUCAGUUUAUAUGUGAUGACAAUUAAAAAAAGAAGAAAAAAAAGAAAAUCAUUUGCCCUGAAGCACUUUUAAUGUGUUGUAAUUGCCUUAAUUCCGUCUGUUGGUAAGUGUCCAAUAUUCCCGAAUCAACCAGAGCCGGUGUGGAUGCUGUGGCUAAUGGUUAUGAAUUAAAUGUAAAUGUGUGCGGUCCUACUCUGUGUUGUAUUGCUUAUCAGGUUAACCGUAAUACACUGAUGCAUUUGAGAUCACGGUGCCCUUAUAAACAAUUUCUGCUAACCCAAGUAGACCUUUCAUGUGUGUGCGUAAGUAUGUGUGUGUGUUAUGGCAUAUGUUAAGUGUGUGAUGAAUUCAAACAGAAUUUCCUUGUGAAAAUGUUUGUGCUUUGGUGAGCGCAUGAAGUCAUCUCUGUGCAGUUGUUGAUAUCAGGUUCACAUAAUGGGAUCAAAGUCCACAUAAAAGGAUGAGAUCAAAGUAGGCUUUUAGAACAUGUGUGUAAUUCUGUUCACCCCGGUCCUUCACUAUAUAAUUUCAUUUAAUCAUGAUUUGAUUUAAAAUUCUAAUCCUGCAACAUGUAUUCUCUCAUUUAAACUGAAGUACUGUAUAUGCUAUUUUUGUAUUUAUGGAAAAACCCUUUGAAUCUCUUUCAAAAAUAAAGAUCGGUGAAUUGUC